AUGAAUAAAAACUAUUCGAGAACAUCAUGGGAAAACGAAAUAAACGAUGUCAGUGUUCUUCUUGGUUCAAUUAUAUCAAGGCGCGAAAUGCUGGAACAGUCCCAAAAUGCAGCUAAAAUUUUAUUUCCCUCAUGUUGGUUAGCUGAACUGGUUAUUUCAAAUAGACAUCAACCAUCAGUAAACUGUCCUCUUGAAGUACUUAUUCGUGAAAUCAGAAACUCAACUGAUCAAGAGAUUAGUGUUAAAGAAGUAACGACAAGUUUUAUUAAUCAAUUAGCAUCUGUUAGCAAAAUUCAAAAUCAGUCAAACUUCAAUACAACGAACAACAAUCAGUACAUGAUAUCAUUCGAGUUGAAUAAAGACAAUAAAUAUGGUGAAUAUGUUGCUCAUUUUGUUAUGAUUUUGGAAUCACUACCGAAAGCUCACCUUCACAAGGUACAACUGCUCAAAGAUCAGCUUUCGUCUACACUGAAUCGAAUUAUUCGUCUGGAACAAUUCAAUGAAUUCUCAUCAACCUCAUCACUUUUAAAGCAAAGAUAUCCAUGUUGCAGUCAGGGUGCAGAAGCUUCAACAUGGAUAAGCCGUGAAGAUAAUGCGUUAAUUCUUAAGCUUUGUGAAUCACUUUGGGAUAAAGAAGCGAAUCGUUUACAACAUAAAGUUCUUAGAUAUAUAAUGGAGCGUACAAAUUCAGAAAAUGGUUUUAUCGUGAUGCGAAAUAUCGACACUUCAGAGUUGGUUUGUCACUGUACUGGAAAUGAAAUAUUCGAUGAAUCUACAUAUAUUGAAAAUGAUAGUUUUUUUAAUGAAAUAAUGCAAUCAAGAAAAACAUUUAAAGCAUCACAAUUAAAUUCAGAACAAGAACAUACUUUAUUAUCUAUUCUAUCAGUUCGUAAUGCAUAUAUGAAUAAUGAGAAUUAUAUAACUAAUCAAAAUACAGAUAUUCAAAUUCAUUCAGUUUUGUGCAGUCCAGUGUUUACUCGUUCUAGUGAUAACCCUAUUGCAGUUGUUUGUUUGAUCAAUAAAAGAGAUUCUCAAUUUACACAAUCAGACGAGCGUAUUAUCGAAGAAUGUUUUCGUUUUGUUGCACCUAUCCUCUUAAGCUCAUUGGCAUAUCAAAACGAACGUUACAUAAGAGAUAGAACUGAAGAUAUGCUUAAAGUUGCAAGAAAUAUUUUCACUCAUAUGAUGGAUUUAACAAAUCUUUUAUUGAAAAUAAUGCAAGAAGCUCAAAAUUUAACCAAAGCUGAAAGAUGCUCAGUUUUUCUGCUUGAAUCAGAAACUAAUGUAUUAGUUGCAAAAGUAUUAGAUGGAUUACCAACAGCUCCUAAUAAAAAUACACGUUUUACAACAGCAGAUGGCAAAACUGUUACAUUACCAGAAGAAAUUCGACUAAGUUUAAAUCAAGGCAUCGCUGGAUAUGUAGCUACAACCGGUGAACUGUUAAAUAUAAAGGAUGCCUAUGCUCAUCCACUUUUUUAUCGUGGUGUUGAUAAAGAAACUGGAUUUCGUACAAGGAAUAUAUUGUGUUUUCCAAUAAAAAAUGAAAAAGAUGGUAUAGUUGGUGUUGCACAAUUAUGCAAUAAAAUCAAUCAUCCUUUUUUCACAAGAGCUGAUGAAGAUGUAGCUAAAACAUUUUCAAUUUAUUGCUGCAUAAGUAUAGUACAUUCGUUAAUGUACAAAAAUGUUCAAGAUGCACAACAUCGUACUAAAUUGGCCAAUGAACUUAUGAUGUACCAUAUGAAGGUGGAUGAAGACAGAAAGAAUUGGUUAUCCACUUGUGAAAUUAAAGAUAUCAAUACAUUUCUACCUAAUACAAGUUCUUUUGAAUCUUUACCAAGAAAUAUUCAACCUGAAAAUGAGACGUAUCUUUGUACAUUAAGCAUGUUUCAUAAUUUGAAUUUAAUUAAUCGUUGGCGUAUUUCACGGAGAACACUGGCUCAAUUCAUUCUGAUGGUUCGUCGUGGUUACCGUACUCCAGCUUAUCAUAAUUGGAUGCAUGCGUUUUCUGUUGCACAUUUUGUUUAUGUCUGUAUUAAAAAUUUACCAUUAGCUAAUAAUCAAUUGGAUGAUAUUGAAAUAUUGGCAUUAUUUGUAGCAUCAUUAUGUCAUGAUAUUGACCAUCGUGGAACGAACAACAGUUUUCAGGUCCAGUCUAAAUCUGUAUUGGCUGCUUUAUACAGUUCAGAAGGUUCUGUUUUAGAAAGGCAUCAUUUCUCUCAGACCAUUUGUGUAUUAAACACAGAGGGAUGUAAUAUUUUUGAAAAUGUUUCAAAAGAAGAUUAUGGUCAGUUGUUAGAUCAUAUUCGUGACAUAAUCCUAGCAACUGAUUUGUCACAUCAUCUUCGUAUAAUGCCGAAAUUGGAAGAACUAUCUCAUAGAGGGUAUGAUGGGACUAAAUCAGAGGAUCAUUACCUUCUUUUAUGCCUCUUAAUGACUUCAGCUGACUUGAGUGAUCAAACCAAAUCUUGGAACAAUACAGUUUAUGUCGCGAAAUUAAUUUAUGAAGAAUUUUUCCAACAAGGUGAUAUGGAAAAAUCAUUAGGACAUAAUCCAGUUGAUAGUAUGGAUAGAGAACGAGCAUGUGUGCCACAUUUACAAAUCUCUUUCUUGGAUUAUAUAAUUACACCACUAUACAAGAUACUGAACAAUUUAUAUCCACAAUGCUCAAGUAUUUUAGAUACUAUAGAGAAAAAUCGUGAUAACUGGAAAAUAAUUCUUGAACUUGUCGAAAAAGGUGAUAUUAAAGGUAAUGGUUCGGAGAUUUUCAAUCAUAAUCUUAUUGAAAUAUUGGCUCAGUUACAAGUGAAAUCAACAACGGAACCAAAAUCAGUAUCCUUGGCACCGUCAGUUGUACAACCACUUUCAUCAUAUUCGUCAUCAUUAAAACCAGAUAAAUAA